CAUCACGCCUGGUUGUGUACCGUUCACCAUUUCUACUUAAUUGUUUCUUAUUUGUGUUUAUUAUCUAAUGUUAAAAUAGUGUCUGUGUACAUCCAAAAUGCCUGUGUUUCACACGAAGAUCAUCGAGAGUAUACUGGAACCGGUCGCGCAACAGGUCUCGCGACUGGUUAUCCUACACGAAGAGGCCGAAGAUGGCAACGCUAUGCCGGACCUGGCGCGGCCCGUGCAGGCCGUGUCGCUCGCCGUCAACAAUCUCGUCAAGGUUGGCCAUGAGACCAUCGAGUCGUCAGACGACGCGAUCCUCAGACACGACAUGCCAGGUGCCCUUCGAAGAGUGGAAGGAGCUGCCACAUUACUGCAACAAGCUUCUGAUAUGCUGCGAGCCGAUCCUUAUUCCGGGCCUGCCAGGAAAAAGCUGAUAGAAGGUUCUAGAGGCAUUCUCCAGGGCACGUCGGCUCUUCUCCUCUGCUUCGAUGAGUCCGAAGUCAGGAAAAUCGUUAAGGAAUGCAAAAAGGUGCUGGAUUACCUUGGCGUGGCAGAAGUAAUAGAUACUAUGGAAGAUCUGGUGCAAUUCCUGAGGGACAUAUCGCCGGCGCUGUCGAGAGCCGCUAGAGAGGUAGCGGCUCGCGCAUCGGAGCUGACCCAUCCUCCUCACGCAGAAACCUUGGCGCGGUGUCUUGAGAGCGUUAAGCAACUGGCACCCGUGCUGAUCUGCUCUAUGAAGAUAUACAUACACAUCCUCACCGAAGGUGGCAAAGGUAUCGAAGAGGCGGGUCAGAAUAGAAACUACCUCGCCCAAAGGAUGGCUGACGAAAUUCAUGAAAUUAUCAGAGUACUACAGCUAACGUCGUAUGUCGAAGACGGGGGUGAGAAGGACAACAUUGCCGUCCUGAAGGCUCUGCAGGCUCAGAUACACGGCAAAAUGGCUAACGCGCACGAAUUCCUCAAUGAUCCUGAUGCUUUACGCAACAGCAGCGGCGAAAGGGCGCUCCGCUCGGUGCUAACUUCUGCGCAACGCGCCGCCGAACAUCUGGGACCUACGCAUGCCGACACUAUUCGUAGACACGUAAGGUCUGGUGGCAUUAACGCUGAUCAACUCUGCGAUGAGAGGCAAUACGGCCAUGGUAGAGAGGCCAAGGCACUAAACCUAGCCUCCGACCUUCGAAACACGAUCAACGAGGUGGACUCCAUAGUGAACGAAGGCGUGCGGGCCGCGGAGCAAGCCGGGGGCAAGACCAUGCGAGCAAGAAUGGAGACCGCUCACAAGUGGCUUCUGCACCCCAAUGCGGACCCCCACACGAGGGUCGAGGGCCAGAAGGCGAUUAACAGCAUCGUUUCUCAGGGACAGAGGAUCGCGGACGGACUGCAAGGUCGAGAAAAGGCUGAAAUCCUCCAACUGUGUUCGGACGUGCAACGUUUAUCGGACAAGUUGGCCGACUUGUGCGCCAGCGGACGAGGGGACUCCGAGGAAGCGCGAGCGAUCACCAGGGAGUUGACAGACAAGCUGCACGCACUGCAGCGUGGCAUGGAUCGCGCCUGCGUCAACCGCGUGGUUGAAGACUUUAUAGAUGUCGCUGCGCCACUGCGUCACUUUACUGAAGCCGUCAACGCACCUGAAGGUACCCCCGGCCGUGAAGCAAACUUCCACGAUAAAGCAGCGGCCCUACAAGCGUUCAGCCAACGAGCAGCCGCCACUGCCCACAUGGUUGCGGCUAACUCACACCACAAUAAGAGGCUUGCUGAUCAGCUCACCCAUCAUGCUAGAGAGGUUGAAAAACUGUCUCCCCAACUGGUGGCAGCCGGGAAGAUCAGGCUUAACUACCCCGAUAGUAAGGUAGCAGAGGAGCACUUCAACAAUCUGAAAAAUCAGUACGCUGAUGCGGUACUGCGCGUGCGCGACUUGUGCGACCAAGCCGUAGACCCGCUUGACUUUGUACGCACUGCCGGCGAGCUGAUGCAGAAACACACGUAUCUGUGCGAGGAUGCCAUUCGCAACAACGAUUCGCAGAAGAUGGUCGACAACACUUCCGCUAUCGCCAGGUUAGCAAACCGCGUGCUCCUCGUUGGUGGUGCCGAGCGCGAAAACACGGAAGACGCCGAAUUCGCUCGCGCUCUAAACAGCGCGCACCAGCGCUUACAAGCGGCCAUCGCGCCGGCCGUGCACCGCGCUAAGGCUGUGGCCUUGGGAGAUUCUUCACAAGCGCCUGCUUGGCGGUCGGCUAACUCUGAGAUAAUCAACGCCGCUUCCGCCGUGGAAUCCGCUCUAUCCCGCCACUACGCGCCGCCCCCGCCCCCGGCACUGCCCGAAGCUCUGUCGGCGCUGCACGUGUCCAAGCAGCAGGCCCCGCCGCGCCCACCCCCGCCCUCGAGCGGCGCCCCGCCCCCGCGUCCACCACCACCCGAUACUGAUGAUGAAGGCGAGGACAUAUUCAGCAGGCAGCCGCAUCCCAGCCAACCUAUUCUGGUGGCAGCGCACAACCUGCACAAGGCAGUGCGCGAGUGGUCCUCCAAAGACAACGAGAUCAUCGCCGCCGCCAAACGCAUGGCUAUCCUCAUGGCGCGCCUGUCUGAACUUGUACGCUCCGAUUCUAAGGGUAGCAAGCGCGAGCUGAUCGCAACGGCGAAGGCGAUCGCCGAAGCUUCCGAAGAGGUCACGAGGCUUGCGAAGAAACUAGCCCUGGAGUGCACUGACAAGAGAAUUAGGACCAACCUGCUGCAAGUGUGCGAGCGCAUACCCACCAUCGGCACUCAGCUCAAGAUCCUGUCAACUGUCAAAGCCACCAUGUUGGGGGCUCAAGGAAGCGAAGAAGACCAGGAGGCGACGGAGAUGCUCGUCGGAAAUGCACAAAAUCUGAUGCAGAGCGUGAAAGAGACAGUAAAGGCGGCUGAAGGCGCGUCCAUCAAGAUCAGAACCGAGCAGGAUGGCUACAGGCUUCGCUGGGUGCGUCGCUCACCGUGGUACCAGAUCUAA